AUGGCUUCACAAGCUAUUGAGUUGCAUCGACAAGGGUCCGAAAUCUACCAUGGCGACGCCGAAUGUAAGUCUAGAUACAUUCAAUUGUUUCAAGAACUGGGCUUACCUGAUGGUCUUUUUACCAUGAAAGAUGUUCAAGAAUUUGGAUAUAAUCCUUCUUCAGGGUUCAUUUGGUUCAUCUUAAAAGAAAAGCAAAGUCAUAGUUACAAGAAGAUUGACCGUACGGUGAUUUUUGAUAAAGAGGUUACUGCUUAUGUUGAUAACAAAAAAGUAAAAAAUAUUUCUGGUGUCCAAACUAAAGCACUCAUAUUUUGGAUCAAUGUAGUUGAAAUUUUCGCCGAUGAAUUCUCGCCGGAGAUGAUAACUUUUGUGAGUGGCAUCAAGGGUGUUUCGGAAAAAUUUCCUAUAUCUGCUUUUGAGCUUGAAGAAGAAUGUGAUAAUCUUGUUUAUGUUUAG